UCUUGUGAAUUCAACAAGACCAAACCUCCCUUCCUUUUUGUCUGGAGGAAUUGCCGCUCAUUAUCAUCUACUUACUUUAUCUUCGCAGCACUCAUGUCUUCCGACGUUCCCCAAAAUUUCGAGGACCGAUUGCGACAACGCGAUUCUACUACUAGGAACACGAACACGCUCGAAACUAUACCCGCGAACCAUCAACCUCAUGAAAAUAUCCCGAAUACGCCACUUGCAGCAUCCACGAUAUCGUUUCUAUUAGGAUCUAUCUUUUCUCUUGGUUUGACGCUUUUUCUCACUGGAGGCAUCUCUGAUCGCUGGUGGGCCACAUACCAACUGGGCUUCUUCCUUGCCGCCUGGUCUGGCUUCCAUUGGGGAGAAUUCGCGGUCACAGCAGGCUGGAACCGUGACAAAUGCAGUGUUGACUCGUUCUUACUUGAUAAUGGCGCUAUGUAUCAUAUCGCCAACGGGACUGCUCUGGUGGAAUAUCUAAUCACGUUAUACUUGAAACCAUCGCUCAAGGCUUACCACUAUAUCUCGACAAUUGGUAUAAUCAUGGCUGUCAUUGGACAGACGCUUCGUGCAUCGGCAAUGAUACAGGCUUCGACCAACUUCUCUCAUAUUGUGGCUCUCCGCAAGUUGCCUUCGCAUCGACUAGUAACUGAUGGCGUAUACUCGGUGUUCCGCCAUCCAUCAUAUGCAGGAUUUUUCUACUGGGCGUUAGGGACCCAGCUGGUUUUGCAAAAUCCUGUCAGCUCCAUCGGUUUCGUGCUGGUCUUGUGGAGAUUUUUCUCGCAUCGUAUCAAAGUUGAAGAGAGGGCAUUGGUGAAUUUCUUUGGAGAGGAAUAUGAAAACUAUAGGCGAAGGGUCAGCACCAACAUUCCAUUCAUACGAUAGACCUGGAAGCAUUCAAUCACACAUCAUUUCGUCUGACGAGUGAGGCCAAUACUUCCAGGGUAUUUCUAUGCCAUAGAACAUACAGGUAGAGGUUCGUGGAGAGGAUACCUCAGUACCCUCCAAAUUCUCAUGUAGUUUGGAGAAAUCAAAAUUUGAUUUGCACUUCGCCAGUGGUCUUCGACUCUCGCAAAUGUGUGACAUGGAGUUUUGUAUAAUG